ACGGCCGGAGGAGAGGGUGGGUCCCAGACCUGAGGUAGGAGGCCGAGCUGAGGGGCGGGGAAGAGGCUUUUUGCGGCAGGACGUAAGUGACGGCGAAGGCGGUGCGACAGCAGCUGGAGGGCAGAGGAGGCGGCGCGGGGUGUCCUGUCCUCGCCAUGAGGCCGCAGCAGGCGCCGGUGUCCGGAAAGGUGUUCAUUCAGCGAGACUACAGCAGUGGCACACGCUGCCAGUUCCAGACCAAGUUCCCUGCGGAGCUGGAGAACCGGAUUGAUAGGCAGCAGUUUGAAGAAACAGUUCGAACUCUAAAUAACCUUUAUGCAGAAGCAGAGAAGCUCGGCGGCCAAUCAUAUCUCGAAGGUUGUUUGGCUUGUUUAACAGCAUAUACCAUCUUCCUAUGCAUGGAAACUCAUUAUGAGAAGGUUCUGAAGAAAGUCUCCAAAUACAUUCAAGAGCAGAAUGAGAAGAUCUAUGCUCCACAAGGCCUCCUCCUGACAGACCCUAUUGAGCGAGGACUGCGAGUUAUUGAAAUUACCAUUUAUGAAGACAGAGGCAUGAGCAGUGGAAGAUAAACCGAAGAAUUAAAGAUGAGGAAGCCGAGGCAGAGAGAACUUAAGUUGCUGGCCCAAGGACGAACAGCUAGUAGACAGCAGUCAAGGCAGCGUGGCUCCGUGGUGAUGUGCUUGGUCAGAGAUCUGAAUAUAUAGGACUUAGAUUUGUAGACUAUUGAGCUGUAGACUCAUUUAGACAAAUGGUACCAAGAUAUUUUAGUAGAUAAAAUUCUAGGUUAGUAGGACAUAGACCACAUGUUAUAAGCUGAUAUCAAUUGAUGGAAGAAAAAUGGUUUUGCAAGUUAUUUUCAGGAUCUCUCUCAAACCUUUACUUCUCCCUCUAAUUACAGAUCCCACUUCCAGCCGGGCCCCUCAUGUAUCCACUGGCCGACCGCAGAGUGUCCCUACCUCCUCUCCAGAGCAUCAUUCCUUUCUAUCUGCUGCCAGAGCCACGGUGCCAUUUACUCCAAGGACUCACUUUCUAAAAUUCCACACCUGGAGUGACCUCUAGUCGCUCAGCAUCCACUUUGUGUCUCCAAAUUGUGUAGGACUCUGUAAUCUUUUGAUUAGUUUCUGAGAAAACACAAUGAAGCACUUCACUUUUUUUUAUUCAAAGCCAUUUAAUAAAACACAGUUGGUCAGCCCAGUGCAAAGCUUGUUAUCUGCCACCAGUACAUACCAUUGGUUCUCUUCAUUCCUUGGGCCAGCUUCUCGGGUGGCUUUAGACCUCAACAAGCCGUAUCUUCACCAGUGUUCUAUCUUGUUCCCCUAAAUUAAUAAAAUGUUUUUCUCCAGGAUUUUGGUGAGGGUUGGCUGUGGCUGUCGUUUUGCACCUCCCAGAUUUCAAAGAAUUACCGGUUUUACCAUGACUCAAAUCUUAAGAUCUGUUUCUACUAUUCAGUUCCUCAAACUGAAGCUUAUUGAAAAAAAAAUGUAUAAUGUUAUUUGUUUUAUUAUAGCAGUUAUUCCUAAUUAAAGCAGUAUUUAAUGCAAUUUCCAGUUAUUUCUUUGGAGAAUUUUAUGUCAUUGUUCCAUUACCUUGAAUGUUGGAAAGAUGUGAUACGUGCUACUUGUUCAUCACAAAAAUCAGUAAGCACAAUAAAGUGGAUGCCAAACCAUCAGACACAUAGAUGUUCCCGCUGUGUCCCUGGAUAUGGAAUAAGCAGGUAUAAAAAAUAUUUUAAUUAUAGUUUUGUUAUAAAUAUAACUUAUGAGAAAAAAAUUUGAUAGGAAUAAUACUGUAUAUUACUAAUUUUUAACUAUGCCUAAGGCAAACCUUAUGACCCACAGAAUUUUCUCAUAUACAGUAUUCAGUGCACAGAAAUCUUAUGAUUGGCUCAAGUACAGUAAGUUACUUCUCGGUAAAACUCUCAAGUCUGAGUCCAUGUUUGUAGCUCUGCUUUUGGCUGUACGUUCCUAGGAUCGGGGCUGCUUAUGCCUUUCGUUUAUCCUUGGGGUUUGAGAGCGCUGUAUUUGGGAGAGAGUUUAAAAAUACAUUAGGAGAGGGAAACCAUUAAAAGUUUCACUGUCAGAGAUAUUGUAGGUGCUAAUACUGGAUUUCGUCUCAGAUUUAAUUUCUUUUAUGGGUCUGUUAGUCAUUCAACAAAUCCCAUAAGUAUGUGUUAAUAUUUUAAUUGUGUAAAACUCAUUUGUUACUUUACAGCCUGUAAUAGUGUGUCUGCAUUUUCAACCUGUUGCAAUAACUUUGCUGAAAUAUUAACACAUUAAUAAAACUUUUCUUAAACAAA